AUGACGACGACGACGACAAUAGCAACUGCUGGUUGUGCAUACUUUUCAUCUGAUAUACCUUUUAGUUUGUUCACUAAGGAUUCUAAACAAGGUUCCGUUCAUGAUCUAAAUGAAGAGAGUAAAACAUUUUUGUGGCAUCAAUUUAUGCUUGAUGUCCUUCUUAAUGUUCCUCGUUCACCAAAAGAUCUCGAAAACGUAAUUGCGGCUUGUUAUCUUGUGAACGAUUAUGAUCGCAACGAACCAAUUGCAUUGUCACAACAAGAAAUCGACAAAUUUCUAGCGGAAUACAGAUCCGACAUGGUAAUGAACUGGUAUACGCGAGAUUCAUUUCUCUAUCGUGCAUUUAACAAGGCUUGCCGCAUGCUCAAUAGCGAUGCAAUAGUCUUAUUUCAUCCGCUUAUUAAGGAUCUUAGUGCUGAGUUGAAACAAUAUUACAAUCAACAGAUGGCGGACGGAAAGCUUGCACUACCUUUGACUGUUUAUCGUGGGCAAACAAAAAUGGACAAUGACGAAUUGAAGAAAAUUCAAGAGAAUAUUGGUGGUCUUAUAUCAAUGCACACAUUUUUAUCGACAACAUUCAGUUGUGAAGUCGCUUGUAAAUAUGUCUCUGGUGCCGAUCCAAAUACGACCGUGCUCUUUCAAAUUACUAUUAAUGACACGGAACAAGGCAAGCACAUGAGUACAUUUGCUAGUAUUGCUGAAAAGAGUUCAUUUAAAGACGAAAUAGAAGUUCUUUUCGGUGUGUCAUCUGUCUUUCGAAUCAUUUCUGUGCAACAAGAAGAUUGUUUUUGGUUUAUCGAAUUAGAAUUAACCACUUUCAAACAAGAUGAAACUGUGCAAAGAUUUAUGAACGAAGUUCAGACCUAUUUGUACCAAAACUCUGAAAAUGAAUCGAUCGAUGAUAAACUGAAAUUCUUUAUACAUGGAAUAUUAGAAGCAAGUCAUGCUACCAUAGAAGUCAAAGACUUAGUAUGGGAAUCUGAUCAGAUGGCAAUAGACGCGCUUCAAACUUCUCUCGCACAAUUUAUGCCAGGUUGGUUUCCAAAUCUUAUUGCUUCUAGUCAUGUGACUAUGGAUGAUUCCAAUCAGCGGAUAGAUAAUGAAGUGAGUAAGUCUGAACUAUUUAUUAGUCAAGAACUGUUGGACAAUACAGUUGAUGAAAAGUUACGUCUAUUGUAUUUGGGUCACACUUAUUCUCAAAAGGGAAGUUUUCUAGAAGCACUGAACUAUUGGGAAGAAGCAGUAGAAAUCGAGUCUCACAUGCCUUGUUCAGCCGAAAUGAUCUUUAAUGGCUGCGUGUAUGUUCAAAUGGCUGCAGCAUACUUUAGAGUGAACAAUAAGAUCGAUGCUUUAGACAUCAUGGAAAAGGCUAUCAAAUGUCUGGAACCUUUUUAUCCAUUAACACAUCGAAUGUUUGCUACUUUGAACUUCAUGUAUGGAUAUUACCUCAUGUACAAUGAGAAGCUUUCUGAAGCAAUCAAAUACUUGGAGAAAUCACUGAACAAUCCAUAUUUUUCUGAAAAUAAAGAUUUUUGUGCUCAAGUUAAUACUUUAUUAGCAUCUGUCUCUAUUCAAUUAGGUGAUCUGGAUUCUGCAAAAUCCUAUUGUCAUCAAGCUAUCGCAUGUAAAUCACCAAGUAUUGGAGCACAAGCUACUCUUAUCUUAAGGCAAAUACCACAGCUAGAAAUGCUGGCCAGAUAUAAUGGCAUAGAUUUCAUUCGCGAAAGUAUUAGUCGUGAUCUACUAUUAGUUCAACAAUUAAUUUCGCAGAAAAAUCCCCAUUUGAGUACAGCUCGUGAAUUAAACGAUGAAGAAACAUGGACUUCUGAAAAACUAAUUUCUGUUGCUGAUCAUUAUCGUCAUCGACGAAAUAAUCAACGUGCUGAACUCUAUUAUAGUAAAGCACUUGACAAGAUGAUAGAAACUGAAUCGAAAUCUAUGUGGAAUGUCUAUAAAAAAAAUAGUCAGAAUGGGUAA